ACUAUAUUCAUACUCUAGUACUACAAAGCUUUACAACAUUAGAUGGUGUGUUUUUAUGGGCUUAUCUGCAGUAUUUUUGAUGAGCUGCAAAAAAUCUAAACCAAAAGGCUCAUCACUAAACUAAUCAAUGAGAUCCUAAUAGAUCAAUCUAAUCUAAACAAUAUCUCCUAAGAACGUUGUAAAUAUGAGGGAUAAUGAAGAAGAUGGUCACGGCAUUAGAUUGCCAGGACUGCUCUUGGACCAAAUUAAGCAGAAGGAAGAUAAAGGUGAAUACAAUGAAGAUGGUGCUAGAUUCACUAAAUUCGAUCAACCUGCCAAUGGGAAGAAAAGAAAGGGUAAACCGAUAUCCAGAAAGGAGAAACGUCAACAAGAACGUGAGCUCAAGAAGCAAAAACGUACCAAGAAACCAGCCCCGGUGAAGAGACAACCCCCAUCAAGUACCAAGAAGCAACAGAAACAAUCUACCAAAGCUGAAGCUAAAAAGACCAAUGAAUCGAAAAACAGUUCUGGAUUAAGAAUCGUUAAAGAAGAUGAUUUGGAUGAUGAUGUAGUCAGUGAUUUUGAUGACAUGAGUGACGAUGAAGAAGAGGAAGAAGAAGAAGAACCAAGAAAGUCAAAUGGAAAGAAUGUUGAUGGGUUCAGAGUAGUGAAGGAAGAUGAAUUGGAUGAUGAUGAAUUUUCUGAUGAAGAAGACUUUGAUGAAGAAGAUUUGGGAGAAGAUGAUGACUUUGAUGAAGAAGAGGAAGAGGAAGAGGAAGAUGAUAAUGAUGAGAAUCCAUUGGAAAAACUUCGUAAAUUGAAAGAAGCUAAGAAGAAUAAGAAGACGGAAGAUGACCCAAUGGAACAAUUAAGAAAGAUCAAGGAGGCUAAGAAGAAUAAGAAGACGGAAGAUGAUCCAAUGGAGCAACUUAGAAAGAUCAAGGAAGCUAAAAAGAAUAAGAAGUCUCAAGAAGAAGAAGAUACAAUGGAACAACUUAAAAAAGCCAAAGAAGCUAAGAAAGAAGCUAAGGAAGCUAAAAAGGCUAAAAAGGAAGCUGAAAAGAAAUCCAAAAAGAAAGAAGUUGUAGCUGAAAGAAUAAUCUCUAGUAGAGAACGAGAACUCAUGGAAAAGGAUGAAAAGGAAAUGGCUUACUACGCCAAGAAAUUGGGUUUGAAGAAUGGAAAGAAAGGUAAAUUAACCAAACAGGGCGAAGAUGAUGUUAUCGGUGGACUCUUGGAUGGAUUGGACUUUGAUUUCCUGGAUGAAGAACCAAUAUACAACGAAGAAGAUGAUGAUGAUAUAAGAAACAUCCAAGAAGAUAGCGGUAGCGAAGAAGAUGGAUACGAUGACGAAGAACAAGGCGAUGAAGGUGAAGGUCAUGACGAUAUGGAUCUUGAUGAAUUUGACGAAGACGAAUUAAGAGAACUUCGGGAAAUGGAAGAUCUUGAAAAUGCAUCUGAAGAUGAAGACACUGGUGAUACUCACAUGGUUCAAGCCAAGGAAAAUCCUUUCGUAGCACCAGAAGAAGUAUCGUCUGGCUCCAAGUAUAUCCCACCAGCAAUGAGACGUCAAAUGGCCUUAGCUGCCGGUGGUGAAACUGUGUCGGAAGAAGUUUUGGCUCUUCAAAGAGCAAUCAAAGGACCUUUGAAUAAAUUAUCGGAAGCUAAUGUUGGUUCCAUUGUCAACGAUAUUAAUUCUUUAUAUUCCACUAACCCUAGACAAGUGGUCACUGAAAACCUUACCAAGAUUGUCAUGGAUUCGGUAAUGCAACAAGGAAGACUUUUGGAUACAUUUGUGUGUUUACAUGCUUGUUUGAUUGUUGCCAUUCAUAGAUUGCAAGGAACUGAAUUCGGUGCUUACUUUAUACAAACAUUGAUUGAAAAAUUUGAUAGUUACUACCAAAAUAUUUCCAACAGUGGGAAAGAACUUUCAAAUAUCAUUUCACUUUUAUCGUCGGUAUUCACUUUCCAACUUAUUUCCUCUCGUCUUCUUUACGAUCUUAUCAAGGUGUUGAUCAACGAUCUUAAUGAGAAUACUGCUGAGUUAUUGCUCCGUUUAAUUCAAAACUCUGGGAAUCAAAUGAGAUCAGAUGACCCUUCUUCAUUGAAAGAAAUCAUUCUUUUAAUUACCAAGAAGUCAAGUGAGAUCCCAAAGCAGAAUACUAGAACUCAAUUUCUUAUUGAAACGAUUACAUCUUUAAAAAACAACAAGUUGAAGGUCCAUAAUGACUCUAGUCAACAACUUGUCAUCCGAAUCAAAAAGAUUUUGGGAGGCUUGAAUGGUAAAUAUAGUGAUCCACUUCAAGUUAGUUUAGAUGAUAUUCGUAACGUAGCAACCAGAGGUAAGUGGUGGCUCGUUGGGUCUGCCUGGAAGGGCCGUGAACAGGAAGAACGCGACUCGCAAGUGAAUGACGUUGAUCAAGAAGUUAUGAAUGAUAUAUUGGAUAAUGCCGAACCAAAUUGGAUGGAACUUGCAAGAUCUCAAAGAAUGAAUACUGAUAUCAGAAGAGCCAUUUUCAUUUCUAUUAUGUCGGCAAAUGAUUACGUUGAUGCAAUGACCAAAUUGGACAAGUUAGCUCUUAAGAGAUCACAAGAGAGAGAAAUUCCAAGAAUUUUGAUUCACUGUACUGGAGUUGAACCAGCUUGGAACCCAUAUUACGGUGUUUUGUCCAGUAAGCUUUGUGAUAAUCACUCUUAUAGAAAAACCUUCCAGUUCAUGUUAUGGGAUUUGAUCAAAGAAUUUGACGGUCCUAAUGCUGGUGAUGAUCUGGAAGAAGAAGAUGAUUUCCUUGGUUUUGAUAACGAUGAAACUAGUGAUGAUGACAAGUUGAAGCGAAUCUUGAACUUAGGUAGGUUUUUCGGAUAUCUUCUUGGUGAAGGUUCCCUUCCAUUGAACAUUUUAAGAACAGUGGACUUUGUCACCGCCUCCGGUGAUACCCUUCUCUUCGUAGAGAUCUUACUUAUUACUUUCUUGGACCAGGUUGCCAAGAAGUCACAAGUAAAUUCUAUCGGUGCAGGCUUGAAGGGUUCUAAGGGCUCAAAGAGUAUGUACGAUGUGAAAUUCGACUCUAAAGUUUUGGUUGAAAGAAUUGCCAAGGCACAGGAACAACCAAUUCUUUUGAAAGGUAUCCAAUAUUUCUUGAAUAAUAAGGCUAAACAGAGUGGCUUUAUAACCGGAAGAAAGCAAAGAUCUCGGGUAGAAUGGGCUAUUGAUACUGUUUCAGACUUAGUAGACGAUUUGUUGAAGACGGAUUAUUAGGAAACUAGUGAUAAUAAUGAUGAUAAUAAAAAUAAUAAUAAUAAUAGAUUUUAAUAUAUUAUAUAUUCUAUGUACAUU